GAAAAAGAAAAAUCUGAAAACCUCUAAGAUCAUUUUAUAGAGGUUGCAUUUUUCUUCUGGUCAAUUAAAUGUCUUUUGUGUGCUGAAAAAUAUAUAUUUGGAUAAAAACAUCCAUACAUUUUUACAAUCACAACAACACAUAAUCAUAAUAUAUAAAUACUUUGAUAACAUCCAUAAAUAUUUUAUGAUUUUAUAAUUUUUGCUGAUUUUCCCAUGAUUUUUCAGUAAAAUAACAAUAAACAACAAAUAAACAAUUUCCAUAAAUGUUUCUAUCGAUUUUUUCAUCUCUGAAAAUCUUUAUUUUAAAAUUCCCUUAUAUUUCCAGGUUUUCAUAAGAACCCUGUAUUAAUGUUUUUCUUGACAACAUCUGUUGAUGCUGUAUAUCACACGAUUAAUCCUUAUACGUUCAACAUCAUAAGCUACAGCAAAGAGUCAUGAAUAAAACUGAAGAGGCUACCAUUUUCUAAGCUGUAUCAGCUGAUGUUUUAUCUCUUCUGCCCCCUCCUCAGUCCAUCCAUCUCUCUCUCUCUGGCCGUGCAGGCAGGCACAGACUGUUCUAAUGUUAGUCCUACUUACUGAUGUGACCCACGCUCAUACACACUCUGGACUGUUCAAGCUGUGAGCUGCCAGUUCCUCUUGUUUCUUUCAUUUUCUGUUGAUUCGCUCACUCUGUCUUGAGGACCCCUACAUGAGGACUGCUUGAAGUUUUUUACCAAAACAACUACAGCAAUUCCAUGUGAAUUCAACAAAUUUCCUGGUGGAUUUAUGAUGAUAAAGAAAGAAAGCAUUCAUUUGAUGUAGACCAGUGGAUGCUCCUCCAAAGGUUCGCCUUAAGGAUCUGUUACAAAAGGUGGACAACGCAGCCCAGAAUGAACAUUAUAAUUUCCUCAGGUCUCUUGAUGACUCUUCUGAGCUCUUGUGGAACAUCUACAAGUUGUCCAUCAGGCUGUUCCUGCAAUGUUAACUACACAGACUGCAGUGAGCUUAACCAACUGACUUCCUUGGACUCCAUCCUGGAGAAGCUUCCCUUUGACACAAGCUACCUCAACCUCUCAAAUAACAACGUCACCGCUUUGGACCCUGGGAGUUUUUCCAAUUUCAGUGGCUUGCUGCAUCUAGACCUCUCCAGAAACCUCCUCUCCAGGAUCAGCCUUAGGUGUUUUUCAAAUCUCAGCAAUUUGCUUCAUUUAGACCUCUCCAGAAACCUUCUGUCCAGUGUCUUCCCUUCAAGCUUCUCCCACUUGUAUAACCUGGAGGUCCUGGAUCUCUCUGAAAACUUCCUUGUGAGGCUCCCCGGUAACCUGUUUUCUGGCCUCAGCAGCCUAACAGAACUGGUUCUACGAGACAACAGGCUUAAGGAACUGAAUCCAGAUCAGUUCAAAGGCCUGAGUGAGCUUAGGCGUCUAGAUCUUUCCUUCAACAGUCUCAGCUCCAUGCCCACACACCUGCUGGACGGGCUCCAGAACCUACUCUGGCUCUCGCUUAUGGGCAAUAAGCUGAGAACUCUGCAAAGAACUUCACUUGAGCCAGCAACUGCUCUACAGCAAAUUCUGCUCGAGGGAAACCCAUGGAAUUGUAACUGCAAUUUAAUUCCACUCAAGCACUGGCUGGAAUGGAUUGUAUAUACAGGUGGCAGCAUAGAUUCCACCAACUGCUCCUUUCCUGCUAAUUUGCAUGGUAAGGAUCUUCGCAGUGUCCCUAUGGAGAUGUUUAGACACUGUUACCCCCUCUAUCUGGAGACCAGGAACCCCUCUGCAGUCGAGGGCCACCAGGUACCAGCGGGGUCGGCCGGAGACUGCAUACGCCAGCGCUACCGGCCUGUGAGUGUGCGUCGAGCGACCGCCACGGUGGUGGUAGCCGGGGUGGUGUGUGGCGUGGUGUGUGUGAUGAUGGUGGUAACGGCCACCUACGGCUGCAUCUAUGCAAUGCUGGUGGCUCACGAACAGCAGCAGCUGAUAGAGGGAAACAGACAGCAGCAACAGCCACUGAUGGUGGCAAAGGAACCAGAGCAGGAUGAAAAAGAGGACCUGAUGCCAACUAUCGGAAAAGGAGCAGAAGCCACAGAGAGCGUAGCAUGGAUGGCAUUUCCUCCAGAAGUGUGUGUUUAAAGCACAUGAGGAACCGUUUAUCACUGAUGUAUAUAGAUUUAUAAAUGUUUGUUUGGGAGCCACUGACUUCCAUAGCAGGAAAAAAAAUACUAUGGAAGUCAAUGGUGACCCAAAACAGCCUGGUUACAAACUUUCUUCAAAAUAUCUUCCUUUG